CAACAUGCUCUCCCUUGCUCACCGCAGUACGAUCAGAUACGAACACGGCAGUGUCAUUUGGAUGCGGGCCGUGGCCUGCUUAUCAACAGUAUUGAGCCGUGUCUCCCAUCUGGUCUUGGCCAUCAGCUGCAAGGAACAGGGGGAGACAUGGAGACCCGGCUUUGUCAGUGCCAGCACGAUAGUGAUGAUGAAGUUGAAACCUCAACGACAUCCACUACUACUACUCCAGUUAGCACAACAGUAUCUUCUACCACAAAACAGACCCCAAAAGAUGAAGAGCCCCCAAAGGAAGAAAAGGAUUAUGAAACUGGUACAGAACGGUUAUGUGAUUCGUGUUUACCAGGAGAAGUUUGUGUUGGCUUGCAAGGAGAAGCUUACCCAACCUGUCGGACUGCACGAGAUGCUGGAGACAGGACUGGUUGUGGUGGCCUGUGCGCUAUAGACUCAGAGGUCUGCCGAGCUUUAGGUUCUAGAGCUUUCCAGUGCCACAGUGCUUCUUUAUGUCUUCAUGACGAAUGGCGAUGUGCUGAUGGCCUCUGUAUUCCACAUAUAAAGCGAUGUGAUGGUCAUAUGAACUGUUAUGACCAGAGUGAUGAGCAACACUGUCAAUGUGGGUCCGAUCAGUUCCAAUGUGGAAACUAUACGUCAUGUCUGCCGAUAAGUUCCAAGUGUGAUGGCAAAAUGGAUUGCUGGGAUGGUUCAGAUGAAGCUAAUUGUACAGCAUUGUGCCCCAAUCCUGACACUCAGUUUACUUGCCGCAGCAGUCAGUGUAUCCCCAAACAGCAAUUCUGCGACGGGCUGGAGGACUGCAGGGAUGGGUCAGAUGAACCCUUCGGUUGUACUGGACAGUGCCAAGCCAACGAGUAUCAGUGUGGGAACGGCCGAUGCGUCGCAGCAUCCUCCGUCUGUGAUGGUAGGGACUCGUGUGGCGACACCAGUGAUGAACAGAACUGCAAUCGGCCUUUCUUCUCUCUCUCACCGGGAACGGGAACUUCUUUCAUAAAGUUUCCAGACUGGGCAGAGAAUUCCACUCUUCUUCCUACAAAAUCACAAAAUAUGACUACGGUGAGAACAGAACGCAUUUGGUUGCUCCACCUCAAAGGGAUCAACAGCACAAAAGUAGAAAGCUCUACUACAGAAAAUGUUUUUACUUUCCCUGAUGCCAGAAAUGAUAGUGAUCACACACCUAGAUUAAAUGUAAGUGAACCACUUGAUAGAGCAGAGAAUAACUCACUUCCCAAAACGCCAGCUCCAGAUUAUUAUCGUACUGGAAACAACAGGGAUGACCAUUCAGUAGAACAUGAAAGGAGACGUGAGAAUAAAUCUGGUGUUGUAGAGAGAGGUUGGAGACGAACAGCACAAAUAAUGCCUAGUAUAGAAGACUUUAUCAAUGUUUUUGCCAAGUCAGAAGAACGUGGGUUUAUGUCUGAAACUCAGACAUAAGAUAUGAGAAAUGACCAGAUUGGUGCUUCAUUAGGUCAGAGUAUUAUAAAAACAGGACAGGAGAGAAUUGAUAUUGCAGUUAGCAAUAUGGAUAUGCAGGGUAAUGAUAGAACAUCUUAUGGAUUACAUAUUAAUAUUCCCCUUGAAAGAGAGCUUGACUGAUACUGUGCUAUCACUUAUAAGAUAGAAAUACAGUAUGUAAAUGUAUGAGAGUAAAUAAUAAUUUUAUAAUGAAUUUUUUUAAAUAAUGAAAUAAUAUGUACAGUAUAAUAAGAUUGUCAAAGUCAGCUGCUAUUUUAGUAUGUCAAUGUUACAAGAUAAAGAAGUAUAUUGUAUCACAAUGCCGAUGUUGAUGUUGUGAGAGGAGAGUCCUUUUUGUAUAUCUAGUUGAGAAAUACCAAAGAUUGUAUGUAUAUUUUGUCCUUGUUUAGGGCCUUAUGAUGUUAUCUAGUCUGUAUGAGAUGUACUUACCACUUUGUUUGUAAAACCUUUUAUUGAGAUCAGCCAUUUAAGUGAGUUAGUUUUACUCUUACAAGCAUUGCACUUAAAAGCCAAUGAUUUCAUAUUAAGGUUUUGGUUGAAAUUUCUCAACUUAUUUUGAAUAUUUUAAGGGAAUGUAUGGAUGGUAUUUGAUGGAACUGAAACCUAGAUUUUGGGUUUUGUACCUCUUCCUUGCCUAUAUGUAUUUUGCUGAUUUGUUUGUUCCAUUUAUUUUUUUCACUAGCCUCUGGUAUUUGCUUGUUAAAAUCUCUGUUAGAUCUGUGACAUAUGGUUACUGUAAUUACCAUGGCCACCCUUAAUCUUCUACAUUAAUAUAAAAAGUUGGUAUAUGUAUACUCACACACA